AUUUAUUGAAAAUUGCUUAAUAAAUACAUUUUACAAUUGAGGGUAGAGUUGACUUUGUUUCAAAAUGUAUAUAUAAAGGAGUGGACACUCCUUUUUCCUCACAUUCAAGUCCUCAUUUGCUACUUGCAUAUGCUCUUUCACAAACAAGCAAAAAAAAAAAUGGAUACCAAAGAACACUACAAACCAAUUUAUUUGCUUCUGAUUUGUCUAUCAACUAUCCUGCAUCAAACCUUAGCUUUUGGAUCAACACCAAGUGCAAGAGUUUUGUGCAUAAAGAAGGAGAGGGAAGCUCUUCUCGAGUUCAAACGAGGUCUCAUAGACGAAAAUAAUCUGCUUUCUUCAUGGGAAAAUGGCGAAGAUAAUGAGGAAUGUUGUUCUUGGAGGGGUGUGAAAUGCAGUAACACAACUGGCCAUAUACUCGUCCUCAAUCUUCGUGGGAGUAUUGAAUCCAAUCCUGAUGGUACUAAGGAUCUCACAUUGAGAGGUAACAUCAGUUCUUCAUUGGUUAAGUUGCAGUAUUUGAAGUACUUGGACCUUAGUUUCAAUGAUUUUGGUGGCCAAAUACCAAGAUUUAUUGGAUACUUCAAAAGACUAGAGUACUUAAAUCUCUCAUAUAGUUACAAUCCUUUCACUGGUCUAAUUCCCACUCAGCUCCAAAAUCUUACCUACUUAAGGGCUCUUGAUCUUGGUGGCAAUUCUUUAACAUGCAAGAACCUUGAGUGGCUUCCUCAUCUAAUGUAUUUGGAGUACUUAGAUUUGAGUGCAUCCUAUGUGCAAGCUACAAAUUGGUUACAGGAGAUAAUCAGGCUCCCUAAUUUGAGGGAAUUGCAUUUAUCUUCCUGUCAACUCUCCAUAAUCAUUCCUUCAUCAUUUGUAUCAGCAAAUAUUUCCUCCUCUGGUCUUUCCGUUCUUGACAUCUCCUAUAAUGGAUAUUCAUCUCCUGCAAUAAAUAGUUGGUUAUAUAACUUCACUAGUCUUACUAGCCUAGAUCUUUCGGGCAAUGAUUUAGGUCAAAUUGCUAGUGCCUUUGGGUACUUGAAAUCUUUGGAACAUCUUAGGCUAUAUGGAAGUGGUAUUCAAGGUGGGAUACCAAAGUCUGUUGAGAAUUUAAGUCAUUUAUGCUCUCUUGAUGCACGAUCCAAUAACUUAAGUCAACCAUUUUCUGAGUUGCUUAAUAUCUUAUCAGGGAGUAAUAGAUCACUUGAAUUUUUGUUUUUUGAGGACAAUGCACUAACUGGUUCAUUGAUUAAUCUUACUAGAUUUUCAUCCUUGAGGGAAUUGAGGCUACAAAACAAUUUGCUGAAUGGCAUUUUCCACGAAAGCUUUAGACAAAUUUCCAGUCUUGAAUAUCUUGAUUUGUCUAAUAACCAAAUGACAGGGCCAUUACCAGACUUGGCAUUAUUUCCAUCUCUGAAAGAGUUGCGUCUGGGGGGUAAUCAUUUUAAUGGGAAGAUGCCACAAGGUUUAGGGCAACUUCACAAGCUCAAAAUCUUGGAUGUCUCUUUCAAUAGACUGCAAGGCUUACCGGAAAGUUUAGGGAAGCUUUUCAACCUUGAAAGUUUUGAUGCUCCUUAUAAUUUGUUAGAAGGUACAAUCUCUGAAUCCCAUCUUUCCAACCUUUGCAACCUGAAAAGUUUAAAUUUGACUUUCAACCCCUUGACUUGGAAUGUUAGCCUUGAUUGGGUUCCAUGUUUUCAACUACAAGUUAUCGGCCUUUCAUCUUGUAAUCUUGGGCCUCUUUUUCCAAAAUGGCUUGAAACUCAAAAUAGCUACUCAAUUCUGGAUAUCUCUCUUAAUAGUAUCUCGGACACAACGCCUAGUUGGUUUUCAAAGUUGCCUCCCAUGUUAUCAUAUUUGAAUCUCUCUUACAACCAAAUCAGUGGAAAGAUACAAGACUUGUCAGCCAAUAAUCUUGGUUCCUUUGUCUUAGAUUUCAGUUAUAACAAUUUUUCAGGGCCCUUACCAAUAUUUCCUAAAUUUGCUUAUGAUUUGCAUAUUAACAACAAUCAGUUUUCUGGAUCACUUAACUCCAUAUGUAAACUUCGUUCAGCCACAAUCCUUGACUUGUCAGAAAAUCUCUUGUCCGGAGAGAUUCCUGAUUGUUGGAGCCUCAUGUCUGUUCCAAUGAUCCUUAAUGUAGCCAAUAACCGUAUAUCUGGAAGCAUUCCAUACUCUUUGUGUUCUUCAACGGCCUUGAGCUCUCUAUAUGUGCGUAAGAAUAAUUUAAGUGGAGAGUUCCCUGCCUCUUUGAAGAAUUGCCAAGGUUUGAAAGUCUUGGAUUUGGGAAGAAAUACAUUGAGUGGAAAAAUCCCAGAAUGGAUAGGGACUAAGUUACCUUAUUUGGGCAUUCUGAGCCUUCGAUUCAACAAAUUCUCUGGGAGCAUUCCUCCAAGUAUAUGUCAGCUUCAAUCUAUUCAAAUACUGGACCUUUCUGGCAACCAUUUAUCUGGAACAAUUCCACAAGGUUUCAGCAAUUUCACCUCACUGCAACUUUUGCAAGAUGGUUCAAGUGUGAGCUAUGACUUUGAUCCUUAUGUUCCUCGAGUUGGUGUAUUGUACCAUGGCAAUGCAUUAGUCCAGUGGAAAAACAAAGAGUCAGAGUACCAGAGUACCUUGUGGCUACUAAAAACCAUCGAUAUUUCUAGCAAUGAACUAGUUGGUGAGAUCCCUAAAGAUUUUAGCCGAAUGAAUGCAUUGCUAUCGUUGAACCUAUCAAGAAACAAUUUGACAGGAAAUAUCAUUGAAGGAAUUGGUACAAUGAAGAUGUUAGAGGUACUUGACUUGUCAAGAAACCAGCUUUCAGGGAAAAUCCCUAUAGGCCUUGCUAAUUUGACGUUUCUUAGUGUGUUGGACUUGUCAAAUAACAACUUGUCAGGGAGAAUACCGUUGAGCACUCAAUUGCAAGGUUUUGAUUCCUCAACUUAUGGUGGGAAUAUUCAGCUAUGUGGCCGUCCUCUUCCAGAGUGUCCUACAUUUGCCCCUCCUAAUCCUCAAGUUGGUUAUGACAGCAAUGCUAGUACUUCUCAAGAAAAUGACGAUGAGUUAUUAUCUAAAGAGUUUUAUAUAUCGAUGGCGUUGGGUUUUAUUAUUGCAUUUUGGGGAGUUUUAGGCUCUUUGUUCUUCAACAAUUCUUGGAGGACAGCAUAUUUCAAGUGGUUAAAUGUACAUUAGAAGUUGCUCCAUCUUUAGCUAAGGGCCUGAUGACUGAGUUUGUAUUCUACUCAUAGUCAAGAGAUAACCUUUCAUCUUUUUUCUUGAAAGUUGCUUUGCUUUUAAUGUUAUUGCUAUAUUUGAAUAUUCUAUGGAUGGCUUGCAAUUAA